CGACAAGAUGAUCAUCCUCAAGUACCUGCGCGUCGUCCCCAAGCAGUACAAGCAAAUGGCCCGCUCCAUCGAGAGCCUGCUCGAUCUCAGCACCAUGUCGAUCGAGGAGCUCACGGGUCGUCUCAAGGUGUGUGACGAGCACGACGACGAGGAUGAGGAGGAAGACACGGGCGGCGGCAAGCUGCUGCUCACUGAGGAGCAAUGGCGCGCCCGCAUGAACCAAGGUGCUCCCUCUGGCGGCGGUGGGGGGAACUCCUCCUGCAAGCAGAACCGGAACAAGGGUCGCGGCCGCGACUGCGCGCGCGACAAGGGCCACGCCGGCACUGGGACCAGUGGCGGGCCUACACGCGACGACGAAUGUCGCUACUGCAGCAAGAGGGGACAUUGGGCCUGUGACUGUCGCAAGAAGAAGAGGGAGGAGGCGCAUCUCGUCUAGAACAACGCCGGCGGCGCCGAUGACGAGCAGGGCGCGCUCCACCUCGCGCAGCUGUAUGGUCUUGUUGUCAAGCUUGAGCAGGCCGGUGAGCACGUGUUUCUCAACGAGGAACGUGCCCGGGUGCGGCUUGGCGACGAGAGCGAGCUGGUCGACGCGGCAUGGUACCUGGACACGGGCGCGUCUAACCACAUGACCGGCAACCGAGCCCUGUUCGUCGAUCUGGAUGUCAGCGUCGACGGCACCGUGAGUUUCGG